GAGCGUUCGUGCGUGCAUGCGCGCGCGUGGAUGAUUCAGCAGGCAGCCGGACGGUGAUGUGACGUCAAGGUUCCCUGAAAUGAAAACAGACGCGCCCCGGUGCAAAUUCACCUGCUUUGUCCUCGUCACGGGCCUCCGCCGACGUGUGACGUCAGAAGUCCGUUCGCGAGCCACCGCUGUGUCGCGUCUCUAUCAGCCGGGAAGGAAGCGAGAGGAUACCCCCCGAUGCCAGCCUGGUCGACACAGCUCCUCAUCUUCUUGAAUCACGUUGUUGCCGUCUGAUGUCCGGUCCCACCAUGCCCACCUUGGUGUCCAGGUUGCCCAAAUUUGGCUCGUGGUCCAAAAGUUCCAGCCCGACACCCACCGCAGCUCGCCUGCCCAACGGCUUCUAUCACCACCCCGGGCCCGCGGCCGGCGAUGGUGCCGCCGACGGACAGUCGCCCUCGGCGAGACGGAUCGGUACCAUCUGCACGCCCGCUGAGCUGAGGAAACGCGCCCGAGCGGCAGACGGAGGCAGACAAGACAUUCAUAAUGACGCCGCCCCUCGUCACGCUCAUCCGCAAAAGUCUGCUGUGGACCCAAAGACGUCAAACAAAUCACUUCCCACUUAUAACGCCGGGCUUCCUGUCCCUAAAAGCGGACUUCCUGUCUCCAGAACUGGACUUCCUGUUCUUAAGAACAAACUUCCUGUUUCCAAAUCUAGGCUAACCGGGUCCAAGAAGAACCUCAGUGGUCUUUCUGGAUCCAAACCGCGACCACCACAGCAGUCGGCUAAUUCAGAUCCAACUUUAAGCUCCAGUCCCGGGUCCGGUUGUGGUUCUUUGCCAACGGCCGCCCGAUCACUCUCCACCAGAAACCUUAGAUCAGUGCCACCCUCACGCCUCACCAAAGGGGACGGAUCCGGCCCAUGUGGCCCGGUGGUACAGCGCCGCGCAUCCCCCGUUUCCCUGCCCCCAUCCCCCAGCACCAAAACGGGUCACAAACAGUCCGCUACUUCCUGUGUCCAAGCCGAGCCCCUCGAGAGUCAGAAGAAGUCUCUCCUUCCGGCGCUCAGAGCUAACGGCGUUAGCUAUAAGCUAUCGCGGCCGUCACUGGCCAAGCAGGGCCGGACCGCUGCGGAGGAAGCGAGCCGAGCCAGAGCCAAAACCAAAACUACAGCAAGGACGCCGUCCUCCACAGGAAGCAGUCCGGAGCGCACUCCCGAGGCGUCCCAGGACGGGCAUCGCAUCCUCGCCGAGACUCUGGAUGACAUGUCCCUGUCGUCCGGCUCAUCCGUGGACCACGACCGCACCGAUCAGGAGUACAUGGACGACUUUGACAACCUGGGAAACGGAGGCGAGAGCCUCCUCCUGGCCGUGGCCCACAAAAACGACGACCCGGGCCGGUGGGGUGCCGGCGUUACCGAGGCAACGCGACGCCACUUCCUGGACAACGCUUUGGACUGGAACCACGAGACGCACGCUGGUGAUGGAGCCAAUCACCUGAGCACAUUUUCCCACCACAGCAGGUCCAGUCCGUCCGACUAUCAUGAGCAGGGCGGCUCGUCCCUGGACCUGUCCCCCUCGGACAGCUGCGGUUCCGGGGGCAUCUACAUGUGGGACGAAGAGGGACUGGAGCCACUAGGGGGCGCCUCGCUGCUCACUGGGCCCAUCGGUGCCUUUGACUCGGAUGCCGACAGCAGUGACGGCGUGACCCACUUGGACUCGUGCGAUUUGGACGAGGACGACCUCAUGCUUGACGGAGAUUUUGCCGACGACAUUUCACUCCACGGUGGUGGACAAACAUCAAGACCAAGCGCUAGCGGCCAGACACGUGUCGCUCACCCAGCAGACGGAGACGGGACGAGGCGGCGGCUCCUCUGGGGGAGUCGCGACAGCUGCAGCGACGACAGCCCGCUUACGUUUCUUCGUCUCCCGAUCGAGGAGGCGAGACAUGACGACGGGCAAGACGACGCCGGCCCAGAUGGGAUUCUCAAUCUGGAUCUCUCUCCUGAAAGGGACGGCGAGGUGGAUGCCGAGGACCUGGCCCAAGACAUGGGCGCACUGCGCUCACAGCUGGAGCUCCUCCAACAAUUUUUGCUGCAGGACGCUGAGGCGGAUGACGACUCGCUCACCACCGACACGCUCAGUCCGGAAGACGGCGACUGUGCACAGGUGGAGGCGCUCCUGCAGGAGGUGCGGGAGCUCAAAGAGGAUCUGAGGAACAAAGAGGAGAUCAUCUCGCAGCUCACCCACCAGCUGGCACACGCCCCAGCAACAGACUGGACCGGGAAGACAGAGCAACACACACAGACGAGUGCCGUGGGGCCGGCGGGAGAGAGUGUCGCUUCGCAGACGCCUUGGAGGGAACGCACGGCUUUCCCUCCCCCUGCCUUCCUCUCACCACCCUGGCAAUACCAGCGCUCCAGACCCUACGGGGGGCGGCCCAAACCCAGCAUCCCCUCCCACCUUGCUAGAAAAACCACAGGUACUUUGCCCCCCCGAGCCACAAGAGCAGAACCCACUAGCCGACCAUCUCGCAAACAGAAGCUCUCCCUCCCGCCCAGCUCAGCACUUCUCGCGCAGCCCUGACCGAGAGGCAUCCGCGGAUGCCUGGCGAGCUCCGUCGCCUCCUGAACUUUUUUUUAUUUAAGAGGUUAACUUAUUUAUUGAGCACUGUGACCAUGUUGUCCUGUUGCCAGCACUUUGUUUUGGCGCUUGUGGAACUAUGCAAGACACGGCACGGCGCUGCGCUGUCCCUUUAAGCGGCGCUCAACACACCAGAGCAUUUCUCGCCAUCCGGCUUAAGGUGCAUGCGCCGCGUGUGCUCGUACAUGCUCUGUACUUGUUUGUAAUCACUUGUUGGCAUGAAUGAAAAGCUGUUGAAGCCGCAUUGAUCCGGUGACCUCUAGGUCCGCGUACGGGUGCCCGCUUUGUCCUCAAGCUAAUGGUGGUUCAACCAUUAUUGUGGUCAUGUUCUUUCAAGUGACCUUUGGCCACUGCGACAAAGAGAACGCUCGCACGUGGACCCGAAGUUGGACGGAAUCAAAGUUUGUUUUCCUGCUCUUUGGCUACAAGCUAGCAAGAUUAAAAUGGUGCUGCUGUGUUCCAGUC